CAAUAGCAGGCAAGGAAAGUACAAAGAGAUCUACCCCCCUCCUCCAGCAGCUUCAGCACCACAAAACGUCCAUAAUGCAAUGAGUUAGAUAGCAGUGUGAGGCGCUUAUAACUCGAACCUUAGAAUAAAAUAAUUGAUUUUCAGUUGAAGUCAUGAAUGAACAUGGUUACGGAUUGAUUCAGAUCUUGUUUGAUUCUUCCCGGAACUGGACAAGUGCCACCAUUUUCAUGAUGGGAAAUAUUACGAGCUAACGGAUCCGGGAUGACAAAGAAAAUGGGAUACCGAGACUGGAGAUGGCAGGCGCUCUGGUGGCAUCAGCUCUUUAUCCUGUGGAGUACAAUUGAAGCCCAGACUCGCUACAGCAUCCCAGAGGAACUCAAACAAGGCUCUGUGGUGGGAAAUCUCGCCAAAGAUUUGGGUUUGUCAUUAUCUGAGAUUUUUGACCGUAAGGUGCGGGUCGCCUCUGAGGCUGGGGAGCAGUAUUUCAGCGUGGAUGCGGGGAAGGGCGAGCUGGUGGUGAAUGACAGAAUAGACAGAGAGGGUUUAUGUGGACAAAGCGCCAGCUGUGUUUUACCUUUACAAAUUGUUAUUGAAAACCCUUUACAUUUAUACCGACUUGAUGUAGAAAUUAAAGAUAUUAAUGAUAAUUUUCCAAUAUUUCAAGUAAAAGAACUGUCUAUAAAAAUCGCAGAAACAGCAGCAGUGGGAACUCGCUUUUCAUUGGAGAAUGCAGAGGAUCUAGAUGUUGGAAGUAACUCAGUAAAAUCAUACAGUUUGUCAAGAAACGAUUGUUUUGCGCUAAAAAUGAAGGAGAUAGAUGAUGGCAGAGCAGUCCCCGAACUAGUUCUGGAAAAAUCCCUUGAUCGAGAGAAGAAAGCUGUUCAUGAACUAAAACUGACUGCAGUUGAUGGGGGAAAUCCGGCCCUGUCCGGUACAGCGCAAAUUGUAAUUACUGUGCUUGAUGUAAACGACAAUUUCCCAGUAUUCGAAAAACACAAUUAUAAAAUUUCUUUACCAGAAAAUACUGAAAAAGGUACCUCUGUGAUUAAAUUUACUGCUACUGACGCUGAUGAGGGACCGAACGGAGAAAUAGAGUUCUUUUUUGGUCCGAGGACACCAGAGUCCGUGUUAUCCAUUUUUGAAAUAAAAUCAUUAACUGGAGAUGUUUAUUUAACGGGAAAUUUGGAUUAUGAAAAAUCCACCUCUUAUAAAAUUGAAAUAUCUGCGAAAGACAAAGGCGUUCCUGAAAUGGAGAGCAACUGUCGCCUACAGGUUGAUGUUGUAGACAUUAAUGACAAUAUACCAGAAAUUGUUCUCACCUCUGAACCUCAGCCUGUGCGGGAAGACGCACCAAGCGGUACAGUAGUUGCNAUUCUCAAGAAUCACUCAUUGUUGGUUCGUCUUUUUUCAUAUUCAUAG